AUGAAUCAGUCUGACAUUAAUCGUUUUGAUCUACCUAAUGAAAUAUUGUUUGCCAUCUUGAAGAAAGUCGACAAUGUUGAUGUUCUCUAUUCUUUAUUUGGAAUUAAAAAUAAACGACUUGAUAUUUUAGUGCAAGAUGGUGUAUUAACUAACAAUCUUAAUUUUGUAAGAACAUCAUCAAUUACUGAUGUGAAUAUUUUACUUAUAUUAAAUAUUCGUCAUGCACAUCAAUUACAUGAACGUCUUCGUCGUUAUUAUUCAUCUGUAUUCUCAUCAACAUCAAAGUUAAAAUGUGAAUUACGAACAACAACAACAAUGCUUGUAUUUAUAACAUUAUUUACUGUACUUGUGGUAUUUCCCAAGAAUCCUUUUUUUAUUGCUAGUGGAAUUAAUAAAGGUUUCUUUUUAUUAUAUUCACAUUUGAGUGAUAUAUGGGAUGUAACAUUAAUUGGUUCAUCAUUUAUAACAUUUAUUAUGUAUUGUUCAAUGUUUCAACAAUUUCAUAUGGAAAUGUAUAAACUUUUUUUACCACAAUGUCUUAGAAAAAAUAUCAUUUUGAAACAAAUAACCAUCAAGAAAAUAUCAGAAUUAGUUUAA